GCCACAUUACUGGACUCACAGGCCAAGGUGACCAAGUGGUUCAAUGACUCCGUGGUGGCCCCGGCAUUGCCCACCCUGAACAGCACCCUUUUCAGCCUUGCCAUCAGGCAGGACGUGGUGAGCGCCGUGGUGGCUGCCAUUCUCCCUCCAGAAGAGCUCCUGGUCCUGCUCGACUUUGUGCUUCCAGAUCUGGCCCAUGAGCUUAAGUCAAGAAUCAAGGUGAUCAAUAAAACGGCUUCUGAUAAGCUGGGACCCACCCAGAUUGUGAAGAUUGUUACCAGGAAGCUCCCCCAGCUCUCUCUGAGCCAGGAUGACGCCAAGUUGGCCCAACGGAUCUUGCUGGAAGUGUUCGCCACCAAUAAAGAUGUCCGGCCCUUCUUCACUCUGGGCAUUGAAGCCAACUUAGCAGCUCAGUUUUACGCUGAAGGGGACUGGCUUGUACUCAACUUUAAUGACAUCAGCUUCGAUCGGAUCCGCCUCAUGAUCUCGGACAUCGGCCUGUUCAAUCCUGAAGUCCUGACCAGCAUCCUCACAAAGAUCCUCUACUCUUCCCUGCUGCCAAAUGAGAAUGGAGCUGUGAGCCUGCCCACCCCUGCCCAAGCCCACCCUGGGCCCACCAGUCUUGGCCAUGUUUGUUUUUUCAGGCAAAUUAAGACCUGGGAUCCCAAUAUCGAUAUCGAAGAACUUGGGAUACAAGACAGCUUUGUGGUCUGUGACCCAGUCAUUUCAGACCUGUUUUGGAAGCACCAGGUCCCGGAUGGCAUGGUGAGGAUCCUGGUAACCGGGGACACAAACAAGAGUGUGUCUGUCCUGGACUGCCUGCCCUUUGUCAGAAAAGGCCUCUCCAAGCUGCUUGGUGGGCUGGACCUAUCGUUAGUCGGGGACCUGCUGUCAGGGAAGUCGCUCCCACUGCUGGGUUAACUGCUCCAGGUGGGUGGGCUGGUCAUGGAAGACGCCAAAGGACCCGAGGUCACCCUGCAAAUCCUAAGAGACCGCCUGCUGCAGGUCACGCUGUGCUGCAAACUUUAUCUCUCGCUCCAGAAGAUCCUGUGGUUCAAAGUCAUCAAGCACAUUCGCAUUGGAGUAUGGCUGGAACAAAUAGGGAAUAAGACAGAGGUGGCCUUGGAGGAGUGCCACACCCCACCAAGACACCUGAAUAUUGAGAUUCUGGAAGAGACAGACUCCCUUCUGACAAACAGACUUCCACAGUUGGUGGCGAGCACCCUGGAUGAAUCACUGCCCUUCCUACUCCAGAAGAUAGUGUGCCCCCAGGCCAACUCGCCCAACUCGCUGCUGGGAGCCCUGCUUCACAUCACCCUGCAUAUAAAUAUGACGGGGCAAGACACACUCUGUCACUGUGUCACUACCACGGAGCUCACGGAGGAGGCCAUGCUAAUGAGAGUCCUGCUUGUGACACCCUGCCGCCCAGGCCAGCGGGUACCAAGGCCUGACCACCGUCCCCCACCCCUCCCAAGAUUAGCCCAGGGCAGCAUGGCAGACCUGGUCUUCUGGCUGGAAGUCUACAAUAACAUUGUGCUUUGCUUCUGCACCAGGACCCACGUGGAGGUCCACAUGGAGCCCCAGGACUCCAUGGAUGUCCACCUCGUGCAGUUGCUGUCGCAGACAGAGCUGGAGCCCAGGCCCAAGGCUUCUGAGCAGUCCAGAAGAAGCGUGGGACUGGCUGUCAGUACCUGGGAUCCUCCCACUAUCCGUCUUCAUGGCCACAGGGCCACCGUCACCCAACCAGGCUCACUGGUACUGCUGGGACCAAAUACUACCUCCUCCGACUCAGUUUCCUGGCACGAUAGUCAUCCUGCACCUGUACCCACCCCUGGCCUCAAGGAGCAGGAAGAACGCCUGAAGGCCUUGCUCUCAGCAUCUCUGAAGAGGAGGUUCCUGCCCUGUCACAACAAGUGACUCAGGGAACAUGGUCUCCCGCUGCCCAACAUAAAGGGUGUCUCCUUCAGCCAGGCCCCAAUGGAGUUCUCCGAGGCCAGUGCUGGGACAGGGGCCUUCCUGAACCAGUCGCCAUGUCACGUGAUAACUGGACCUAGGAGAAGCAAGCACACUCCCUGCUUCACUUCUAGGCUGCCUCGGACAGCUGUGCAGGUCAUCCGUCACACAACAGCAAGACAGUAG